AUGUUUUCUGCAAAGGAUUUUAUUGGGUAUGAAAUUGGACUAGAAAUUCUAAUUAAGAUAUUUGGGACCGAAGAUAGAUCAAAAUUGAUGAAAAAGAUUGUUCAAGAAAGGAUCAACAUGUUACUCCACGAAUAUCCAAACUGCAACAUCGAUUUGGAAUCAAUUGUUAUGCUUCGCCUGACAGAGUUAGACGGUACAAGGUUCUCUGAAACUGGUUGUUUGAAAUCUCUAACCGCCAACCAGUGCAACCAUUGUUUAGAUUCAAACGCAUAUGUAGAGUAUUGUAUUUCAAAACGUAUUAUAGAUCCAGAGAAGAAGCAGGAUGUGAAUGGAGAAGAGUUGUUCUGGACACACGUUGCCGAGAAGAAGUGGGAUUUAUUAGAUGGAGUUUUUAUUUCUCCAUCAAAGGAACACCAUAAGGAUGUGUUUGGUAUUAACAAAGUUACCGCUUCUACAUUCCAAUGGGUUUCCAGUUCAAAGUACAAUCUAGAACUAGCGAUUUAA